AUGACUCCAUAUCAAGCAAAAGGUGCUUCUAGCAGAAAGACCAAAAACAAGUGCAAAUGUAAGCAUGGUCGACGAGAAUCACAAGUCAAAGUGAAGCAAGAGAUCAAGGAGGAGCCAAAAGAUGGUGCUGAAUUGAUUCAAUACUCGCCACCACCGUCACCAGUCGCACCAUCGAUUGUCAAUAUCAAAUCAGAAAGCGAGAGUGACAAUGAGCUCGUGGAUAUUAAAAUAGAGAUCAAGUGUGAAGGUGAAUGCUCGAAGAAAGAUUGCGACUCGGCAAAGGAAGCUGGAAACAUGAAUGGAAAUGAAAGCAACGGCCCAAUUGGUGAAAAUCAAAACGCUCCAAAGAAAAACUCAAACAUUGAUCGCAAACGACGUCUGCGUGAAAAGAAGAAAGCACGAAAAGGCAGAUCUUCAAAACAACCAGCAGCAAAGGGACCGAAGAAACAUAAGUGUCAUUUUUGUGAUUAUGCUUCAUCGUAUAAAUCACAUAUCACAAUACAUAUUCGAACCCACACUGGCGAGAAGCCCUUUGAAUGUGAAAUAUGUGCCUUGGCUUUUGCAGACCAAAGCAAUUUGAAUAGACACAAGAAAAUCCAUGUUCCAAAAUGUCCGUUCAGUUGUUCAAAGUGUCGUCGUGGAUUUACAAAAGAAGCUGAAAAGAUCAACCACGAAAAUGACUGCAAAGCUCACCAAUUUUUUUGGAUAUGUGCCUUCAGUUUAUCGGUGUUGUUGUGUGGUUUAUCAAUUCAAAAUACAUGGUCGAAAUGGCGUGAUAAUCCAGUAACAAUGAGUUUCACCGAGAAGGCUUCUCCAAUUUCGGGUAUGUAUAUUCCGGUCAUGUAA